GAAUCGAAUUGAUGCGUCCGAACGGGACAGUUAUUCCUAGCAUCCACAGCUAUGGCUCAUUUACUUUUUUACAGUGGGUUAUCUAAGCAGCUCACCUUACCAGAGCUAUCUCCGGGCCCGGUCCUGCUGCUGGGCGACAAGGAUGCGGUGUUGGGCUCGGCGCACUGCGAUCUAACAGCUGCGCACCUUCAAGAGGUGGCGGAUGCCCUGCCAACGCCGCUGGCCAUCCAGGGCGCAUUUGCACCCUCGCUGGAUGAAGCGGUCAAGGUGUCGGCACAGUUGCAAAGCCUGGGAUUUGGCGGCUCGGGGAGCCUGGCUUCCACGGUGCAGGACGGCAAGUUGCAGGUGGUGCGGUUGACAGCCAACGCCGCUGCCGGACCCGUGCUGGAGCUGAAGCCACUGGUGUCCCUGGACGAGUGGCUGCAGGGGCAGCGGGUCUUCAGGUGUGAGCUGCCGUUGCGAUUGGAAGUGGUAGACGACGGCGCAACGCCUGCCGCCGCCGCGCUGCAAGCCGCCGUGUCUGGCCUUGUGCAACAGCUGGAGACACCUGGCAUCUCGUACCUCGCUAGUAACAGGAGCUCGGGUGCUGGCAGCAAGCAGCUACUGCAGCCUUCCUCAGAGGGCUUGGUCGACCUGCUGCCGGGGUCAACGUCCACCGGUGCGGUCACCGGCGCGGGCUUUAUCAACUGCACCCCGGUGCUGUCCACCGCAGCCCUGGCCGCGCCACCCGCGGGGCCAGCGUUUGCCUACCGCCCGCUAGGCGCUUCCUCGGCCGGCGCUGCGGCUGCCGCCAGCACCUCAGCGCCGCUGCGGCUGGACGUGUUGGUGUAUGUGCGCCGCGGCAGCCGGGUGUCGGCGGCUGUGGCGGCGGUGACACGGGCGCUGGUGGGCCAGCUGCAGGCGGCUCAGCGGGUGCUGGGAAGGCAGCAGGCCAAGGUGCUGCCGGUGCGCGCCUACCACUUCCUGCCGCCGGGCUGCGGUCAUCACCUGACGGUGCUGUAUCCCUCGCUGCUGGCCGACACCGAGCUCAACGACCUGAAGCUGCUGCCGCUGCGCCAGCGCCUGCACGGGCUGCUGGGCCUGCCCACCAACCGCCCGCUGCUGAGGCCAGCUAACGCGCUGGAGCUGGCGGGUGAUGGAGACGGAGACGGCGGCACGGGCGGUGGCAGCGCGGUGGCGCGGCUGCGGGAUGUACACCUGGGUCUGGCAGCACCAGGCAUCGGCGGGCUCAUGGAGAUGGUUCAGGGUAACUACGAGUACUGCCACUACAUGCAGGACCGCUUCAACGACUCCGGCUGGGGCUGCGCGUACCGCUCACUUCAAACCAUCGUGUCCUGGUUCCGGCUGCAAAAGUACACGGCAAAGCCCAUCCCUACGCACAAGCUCAUCCAGCAGACGCUGGUCAAGCUGGGCGACAAGGCGCCGUCCUUCGUGGGCUCGUCUAACUGGAUCGGCGCCAUCGAGCUGUCGUACGUGCUGGAUGACUACCUGGGCGUGCAGUGCAAGUUCCUCACCGUCAACCGGGGCGCGGACAUCCCCAGCCACGCGCGCGAGCUGGCGGCGCACUUCGCCACGGUGGGUUCGCCUGUGAUGAUUGGCGGUGGCGUCCUGGCGUACACACUGCUGGGCGUGCGCUUCAACGAGAGCACCGGCGAGGCGGCAUUCCUCAUCCUGGACCCGCACUACACGGGAGGCGAGGACCUGAAGAAGAUCCAGCAGGGGACGUGGGUGGGCUGGAAGCAGCCCGGCGACAACGCGGCGGCGGGCGGGCCGCUGUUUGUGGAGGAUGCGUUUUACAACUUCCUGCUGCCGCAGCGGCCCAACACCGUCUAGGAACGUGCCGGUUGAUGCUGUCUCACACAGACAUUUGGAGGUUGUGGUUAGUUGUGGUGACUGCCGUUUGCAAAUUGCUGAGGGUAGUACGCAUGGACGACGGGCUCAGCCCAUACGGUACUCAUUCAGACUUUCAAUGGGAUCCAGGGCUGCAAAACAGGAGAACGACGUGUGGCAAAGGCGUUUGAGGCAUUGUGUGUGAAGGCCUGUGUAUGUGGGAGUUCAAAGCACCUUGGACUGGGGCACCUCUGGGCACCUCUGUUCAGGUUCAGGUCGGUUCAGGUCAGAGUUGCGGGGCAGACUUGGACUGGCACGACAGGUUUUGCUGCUGGUUCGCGAGCGCAGCCCAUUCUUUCGCCUGGGCCGAUUGAUGCGCCUUUUAUAGUAGGGUGAUAUGCGGCCAUAUAAGAUUGAGGUGGAGCCUGAGACCAGAACCGCGGCACACGCGCCUGCCCGGAUGCGUUUUCUCCCUGGUUUUCCCAAACUUUUUCUGUUUGGCUUUCGUUUUAAAGCUUUUGUAGUGACCAGAUUGCUAUC